AUGGCUUCCAAAUCAUUUAGUAGCGAAAGAUCUAACUCACCGCUCGAGAGAGCCCAGUCGUCCCUGAGGUCUGCUCAUAGAGUCCCUAUUAGUUGCAUGUUCCUUUGUAACUUUGAAGUAAAGAAGGGGAAUGUGCUUGUGUGGGCACGUCAUAGCGAUGGGUUUGAAAAGAAGGUGAACCUAGAGGAUAUUGAAUUCAAAUCCAUGCCAUCUGGUGUACAUGAAGUGAUUGAUGAUGUGAUUAAUUUCGUUAUACCCAAAGGUGAAAAGGAAGGCGAAGAUGGACAUUACAACGGUGUGGCAUAUUUCAAACAAAAUGGCCAAGAAUUGUCAAAAGGGGUCGGUCAAAUUGAUAGGAGCAGAGUGAAGAUGUAUGCACUUGGUGUCGUUGUGGAUUUCGAUUCUACGCAAUAUGCUAGGAACCAAGAUUGGAAGGCAGAUGAAUUUUCAAGCGCUAAUGAAUAUGUGGAUGAUUUAGAGCAAUUAUUAUGCCAAUGGUUCAACCGUGGUACUCUUGAGAAUUUUGAUAUUUUUGAUCAGUUUUUCGAGACCUACAAUAGUGGUAAAACUGUCGAUUCUCUAUCACCAGUCUUGGACCGUUUAGCUGCAGCGGCAUACACUGGCCAAGAAUUGUUAAGUUCGGAUGCACCACAGGCUAAACCUCAUAUGCUUGAAUAUUUGCUAUACUGGUUAAGAAAAUUAGGACCUCUUAUCUUCCCAUUGUGGAGAUCAUGCUUGUUGAAUGAAAGAAUUUUAAUCUUAAAUCCCCCAAGUGGAUCUUUCGAAAAAUGUAAUGCUCUUUGUUACUGUCUGUCAGUCAUUUCACUGUUCCCACAAACCUCAAAAUUUAAUAAAAGUGAAGGCCAUUACGUGACACCCUUGUAUACUUUGGGUGUCUGUGACAUAGACAGAAUGUCCAAAGAAGUCUCUAGAGCAAAUUCAGAGAAUAGAAAGCCAAAUGGGUACAUUGCAUGCACCAGCGAUGAAAUUCUGUUAAGCAAGCCAGAACUGUAUGAUAAAGUAAUGAAGAUUCCAGGAGAAGUUGAAGAGUCCUAUUUUGUGGAUAUACCGAAAUUAUACGAUAACCAAGAACAGCUAAUAAGGGCUACUCCCCACGACUUACACUCAGUACAAGUUCUUUACAAGGAAUUAUUUGGUGAAGAACUCUCUGUAACAGAGAGACAGAAUUUUUUAAAAAUGAUUGAACCUCUCUCUUGGUCCCAAUAUAUUAUAGAUGGAUUUUACUGGUGGGUUACUGCAGGUUAUUUAAAACCAUCCUAUCAUGAAGAGACGAACAGCAUUCCCGCAGGGCCUAUCGGUGAAAGCGAACUAGCUCUGAUCUUAGGAGCAUUGGAAUAUUUCCACGGGAGAACAAUGGCACUAUUCCAAAAAUUAAAAGAGAUCUUUGAAUCCAAGGAAGUUUGUGGUUCAGAUGAAGUUGUACAGUUACCAUCUGCUGAACUUGUUGCAAUGGAUUUAGACAGCUUCAGUGCACAAGAUCAUAAGUUUAUCGAAGAAAUUGCUCAUAAAUGGUUCCACAGAACCUUAGAAGUCACUGGUGACCUAUAUGGAGCUGCUUGUUGA